AUGCAGUCCAGGAAAAUAUGCUCAAUCAUGGCGAAGACGGAACGCUUUAGUUCCGUUCGCUUGAAUGGAUCUAUGAAGCUAGCUCCUCUCUCAAAUGCAGCGGUCGAUCAGAUAAAGGCAAUUAACAUAGACGAGAGACAGUUUUCGUCUGGAAGGAACUAUCUAUCAACAAAAAUUACGGAAGAUAAUAGUACAUAUAUUAUUCGAAAAGCAAAGCCUACACACCAGAUAAUUGAGGAGCAGUCGAGUAUGCCUCUCAAGGCAAAGAUAAACAAUGCAGGUUUGAGGAGCAGAACUCAUACGCCCACGCGAAGAAACGAAUCAAACGAACUAUCAGAGGGCCCUGCUAUGUCACAGGGCAUUGUCAAAGAGUUACCAGAUGAUUCUAAAGAAGAUGUAAUCUUUGACACAAUCUUUGGCCUUCGCACUAUCGAAUUGAAUCGCCCUGAAAAGUAUAACUCUCUCGACGGAUCAAUGAUUCGAAAGAUUAUACCUAGGCUGCAGGAAUGGACAAAGUCGGAUAUGGCUAAUUUAAUAAUAAUCAAGGGAGCUGGAUCCCAAGCAUUCUGUGCAGGUGGUGACGUUGCUACUAUUGCCAAGCAAAACCUUUUGGGAGAAGAAGGCCAGAGAAUAUCGUCCGACUUUUUCGCUUUGGAAUAUAAACUUGAUCAUCUAAUUGCUACAUACACCAAACCAUUUAUUGCAUUAAUGGAUGGAUAUACAAUGGGUGGUGGAGUAGGAUUGAGUAUUCAUGCACCCAUUCGAAUAGCCACUGAGAGAACGACGUUUGCAAUGCCAGAGACAUCAAUCGGAUUCUUUCCGGAUGUAGGCGCUUCAUUCUUCCUACCUCGACUAUGUGGUGCUCUAGGUACAUAUUUGGCUUUGACAAGCUCAAGAUUAGACGGAGUUAAUGCGUUUUUCACUGGAGUUGCGACUCAUUUUAUUCACUCCUCCUCAUUGUAUUCCAUGGAAAAACGCCUAGCUGAGCUUAGAUUCAGGGACUAUGACUCCCUAGAAGAAAGACUGGAUCUUAUUAAUUCUACCAUCGAAGAAUUUGUUACGGGCUUACCACAUGAACAGCCUAUCACUAUUUAUGGAGAAAGACGCAAAGCUAUUGAUCGUUGCUUUAGUAAGCCAACGGUCAACGAUAUAAUUGCCGCACUGAAAGUUGAAAUGAGCCCAAACGAACAAUGGGCCAAAGAUACCCUUGACGCUAUUCAGAAGCGUUCACCUACUAGUGUUUAUGUCGCAUUUAGACAAAUGCAGAUUGGAAAAAAAUGGUCAAUUUUGGAGGCUUUUCAACGAGAACAUCAAAUGGCAACACGUUUUAUGCGCAAGUCUGAUUUUAACGAAGGCGUUCAGGCAACACUGAUUCGAAAAGAUGGGAAGCCAAAAUGGGACCCUGCUUCCCUUGAAGAAAUUAAGCCCAAAAGUAGGAUCGAAGAACCAUAUUUCGAUACACGGGGAAUUGAACCAAUCAGUUUUCUGGCAAACAAAGACUUUAAGGAGUAUCCCAACCACAAAUAUGGACUUCCAUCGGAAGAACAAGUGGAAACUUUAGUUUCGAGCAAAUACAUGAACCCUUCCAAUGUAAUCGAGCACUUUAUUAAGCUCACCCGAGGGAAACAAGGUGUAAAGGAAAAAGUGCAGGAUAUCUUGGAUAGAAAUACUGUGACGCUAGCAAAAAACGGGUCUCUUUUGUGGAAUGAAGUCACCUAUUAG